AUGGAAUUGACUCGAGAAAAUUCAAGAGCGAUGAUUUAUUAUGACUUUCGAAGUGGUUUAACACAAACACAGUGUGUUGACCGGAUGAUUUCUGCAUUUGGUGAUGAAUCCCCAUCCAAAACCACAAUUUAUCGCUGGUUUGCUGAAUUUCAACGUGGACGUGUCAAGCUCAGUUAUGAUCCCCGUCAAGGUCGUCCAAAAACUGCAGUCACCCAAGAAAACGUUGAUGCUGUGCGUAAGCUGAUUAAGGAAGAUCGACAUGUGACAUACUGCAAAAUUCAGGCAACUUUAGACAUUGGCAUGACUCAAAUAUAA